AUGGUAUCGUCCCGACCAGACACAGCGGUCGCGCCGGAAGCGCCUAGUAUACUGAACAACGAGAAGUCCGACCUCACACCUGAUGUUAUAGCGGACGGACAGGCCACAGCAUCCGCGAGGCGCAGCUGGUUCUCAGGACGAAAACAAGCCGAGAAUUCUAAGCGACGCAAGAAGCAGGUGGACGUGGAGGACGCUGACGGUUCUGAGAAGCGAGGGGCGGACAGUGCCACAAAGCAGGUCGACUUCACGGGGUUAUUCAGGUUCUCGACGAAGUCCGAACUUCUCCUGGACUUCAUUGGUAUCAUAUGCUCUGUCGUUACUGGGGCUGCGCAGCCCGUAAUGAGUAUAGUCUUUGGUAAUCUCGCACAGACCUUCGUCGACUUCGGUUCGGCAGUCCAGGGCUUACAAGAUGGAACGGCCAGUCUUGAUGAUGUCGAGCAGGCAGCAUCACAUUUCCGGCACGAAGCUUCGCUCGAUGCGUCGUAUCUCGUUUAUAUCGGCCUUGGAACAUUGGUCUGCACUUUCAUUCAUAUGUACACAUGGGUCUACACUGGAGAGGUCACCUCCAAGCGUAUCCGUGAGAGGUAUCUCAGAGCCGUAUUGCGUCAGGACAUUGCUUUCUUUGAUGACGUAGGGGCAGGAGAAAUCUCUACGCGCAUUGAGUCAGACGCUCAUCUAAUUCAGCAAGGCAUUUCAGAGAAAGUCACACUCGCUGUCCACUUCUUAGCCGCAAUUGUUACUGGUUUCAUCGUCGCAUAUGUCCGAUUAUGGCGGCUCGCUCUUGCGCUAACAUCGAUUUUGCCGUUCAUCAGUAUUACCGAUGCUAUCAUGAACAAAUUUGUGUCCAAGUUCACGCAGGCCUCCCUCAAGCACGCCGCAGAAGGAGGCUCCAUCGCAGAGGAGGUCAUUUCGACGAUCCGGACUGCACACGCCUUUGGUACCCAGCAUAUUCUCUCGGCAUUGUACGACAGCCACAUCGAACAAGCUCAUGUUGUGGACCUGAAGUCAGCGGUCGUUAACGGAUGCGGACUCUCAGUAUUCUUCUUUGCUUUUUUCUCGUCAUAUGCGCUUGCAUUCUCAUUCGGCACAACGUUGAUUAUCCACGGACAUGCUACUGUCGGCGAAGUCGUGAACGUCAUCACUGCAAUGCUGAUUGGCUCGGGCUCGCUAAACAUGUUGGCCCCUGAAAUACAAGCUGUUUCGCAAGCUCGAGGAGCUGCAGCUAAGCUAUGGGCGACCAUUGACCGUGUGCCCUCUAUUGACAUCGAGAAUGAAGGCGGACUGAAGCCAGAGGUUGUUAUAGGAAAAAUUGACUUCCAGAACGUCGACUUCAAUUACCCUUCUCGCCCAACCGUGCAGAUUGUCAAGAACCUUAAUAUGACAUUUACUUCUGGCAAGACGACGGCGCUUGUUGGUGCAUCCGGCUCCGGGAAGUCCACCAUCGUUCAUCUUGUCGAGCGCUUUUACGACCCACUGAACGGCUCUGUUCGCCUGGACGGUGUUGAUCUACGUGAUCUCAAUCUCAAGUGGUUACGUUCACGGAUUGGACUCGUUUCACAAGAGCCUGUACUCUUCGCUACGACGAUAAAGGAUAACGUUGCUCAUGGGCUGAUCGGCACAAAAUGGGAGCACGCUUCCGAAGAGGAGAAAUUCAAGCUGAUCAAAGAAGCGUGCAUAAAGGCUAAUGCUGACGGAUUUGUUUCCAAGCUACCGCUUGGUUAUGAAACUAUGGUCGGUGAACAUGGGUUCUUGCUGAGUGGCGGUCAAAAGCAGUGUAUUGCCAUCGCUCGUGCAAUCGUCUCAGAUCCACAAAUACUUCUCUUGGACGAAGCAACAUCUGCUCUGGAUGCUCAAAGUGAGGGCAUUGUGCAGGAUGCACUCGACAAGGCAGCUGCUGGUCGUACGACUAUCACAAUUGCACAUCGCUUGUCCACGAUCAAGAAUGCAGAUCAGAUCUUUGUUAUGGAUCAGGGAGUUGUGCUUGAGCGUGGUACACACGACGAGCUGCUUGCGAACCCGGAUGGGCAUUAUGCACGUCUCGUCCAAGCUCAGAAGUUACGUGCAACCGAGCAACGAGCGGAAGACGAAGACUCCGUCGUGAUUGCGUUAGAAGGUGAUGAAAAUGGCAAAGAAUCAUGCCGUGACUGUGCAACAGAAGCGCAGGAGAAAACUCCACUCGGACGCAAGUCGUUUGGUCGUUCUCUGGAAAGAGAAUCAGCUGAAAAGAGACUGAAGGAGAAGGCAACGGAAAAGGACCUUGACCUGCUCUAUAUCUUCAAGCGUUUUGGUGCAAUCCAGUCUGAUGUUUGGAAGAGCUACGCGAUUGGCGGUGUCUUUGCUAUACUAAAUGGUCUUGUGUAUCCUGCCUAUGGCCUCGUCUACGCACUUGCCAUCACCACAUUCCAGAAUACGGAUGAUCAUCAUGCCCUUCGACAACAAGGCGAUCGCAAUGCAUUAUGGUUCUUUCUUAUUGCGAUCUUAUCAACGGUAUUCAUUGGAUUCCAGAAUUACGGAUUUGGUGCAGCGGCAGCGAACUUGACGAAUAGGUUAAAGAUGUUGAGUUUCAAAGCAAUACUUCGACAAGAUAUCGCAUUCUUUGACGAAGACAAGCACAACAGCGGAGCUCUGACGACCAGCCUUAGUGAUAACCCACAGAAGGUCAAUGGGCUCGCAGGACUCACUCUUGGAACUAUUGUUCAGAGUUUGGCUACUGUCGUUGCAGGUUGCAUCAUAGGUCUUAUAUUCCAAUGGAAGCUUGCUCUUGUUGGCAUUGCUUGCAUGCCAAUUCUGAUCUCAACUGGAUAUAUCCGCCUCCAAGUUGUCGUCCUGAAGGAUCAACAGAACAAGAAAGCACACGAGCGAUCCGCUCAAGUCGCUUGCGAGGCUGCUGGGGCGAUUCGUACAGUCGCAUCGCUGACCCGUGAAAUGGAUUGUCUCGAAAUCUACAGCAAGUCUCUCGAGGAGCCGCUUCGCCGUUCCAAACGCACCGCGAUAUGGUCCAACCUCAUUUACGCGACGGCACAAGGCUUUACCUUCUUCGUCACUGCACUUGUAUUCUGGUAUGGCGCACAGGGAGUGAGCAAGCUUGAAUACAGCACGAAUGCCUUCUUUGUUUCUCUAUUCACCGUCACGUUCGGUGCAAUGCAGGCAGGGGUUAUAUUCUCGUUCGCCCCGGACAUUUCGUUGGCAAAGGGUGCUGGCUCCGACAUCAUUCGUAUGAUGGAUUCCGUGCCGGAGAUCGAUGCAAAGUCCAAGGAGGGCGCUCUGUUGAAAGAGGCGCAAGGGCACAUUCGUUUUGAAAACGUGCACUUCCGUUAUCCAACACGUCCUGGUAAACGGGUACUUCGUGAUUUGGACCUGGACAUUAAACCCGGCACGUAUGUGGCACUUGUCGGAGCUACGGGUUGCGGUAAGAGUACCACUAUCCAGCUUGUCGAGCGCUUCUAUGAUCCUAUGGCGGGUAAAGUCUACCUCGAUGGACAAGACAUCUCGAAGCUCAAUGUCCAGGAAUACAGGAAGCAUCUUGCCCUUGUUUCUCAAGAACCUACUUUAUAUACGGGAACAAUCCGUUUCAAUGUUUUGCUUGGAGCGACAAAGCCACACGAAGAAGUUACUCAAGAAGAGAUUGAAGCCGCUUGCCAUGAUGCCAACAUUCUCGACUUCAUUAAUUCAUUACCUGAGGGUUUCGACACGAAUGUCGGAGGCAAGGGCUCUCAACUCUCCGGCGGUCAGAAACAACGUAUUGCCAUCGCACGGGCUCUUUUACGCAACCCUAAAGUGCUAUUGCUGGAUGAGGCAACGUCUGCACUAGACUCGAAUUCCGAGAAGGUCGUGCAGGAGGCUCUUGACAAGGCCGCUAAGGGUCGAACGACUAUAGCUAUUGCACACCGGCUGUCUUCCAUCCAAAACGCGGACUGCAUCUACUUCAUCAAAAAGCGGCGAGUCAGUGAAGCUGGAACGCACGAGGAGUUGAUUGCCCGAAAGGGUGACUACUACGAAUAUGUCCAGUCGCAAACCCUAUCAAAGUAG